CUAAAUAAUUAAAAAGCUCAAAAAAUAAUUUGUAUGAAUUUUGAUAUUUUUACUUUUAAUAUAUCAUUUUAUAGUCACUGCUCAAGAGUUGUGGUCGUUAUAUAGCUUGUACCUUGCAUCCAUAGCCAAACUAACACACAACAUCAAGUGUAGUGUAGUAGUGAGUGGAGUGGAGUGUAGGCAUGGGGGAACUAUGGUCACAACUAGGCUCCUUAAUAGCCACCACCAUGUUUGUGUACGCCAUGGUUGAGCGUUUUUUCCCUGCUGCACUACGUGACAGUCUUCAAUUACAGACACAAAAAAUGGUGAACCUUUUCUACCCUUAUAUCCAAAUCACCUUCCCUGAAUUCUCAGGUGAGAGGCUCAAGAGGAGUGAAGCUUACACUGCAAUCCAAACAUACCUCAGUGAAAACUCUUCCCAACUAGCCAAAAGGCUCAAAGCUGAAGUGGUGAAAGAUAGCCAGAACCCAUUGGUUCUCAGCGUAGAUGAUGAUGAAGAGGUGACAGAUGAGUUCCAAGGUGUUAAGCUAUGGUGGGCUGCAAGCAAAAUCGCCACAAACCCGCAAGCUUAUUCCUUCUCUUAUUACACUCCCCUUGAUGGGAAAAGAUUCUACAAGCUCACUUUCCACAAGCAACACAGAGAUCUCAUCACUGUGUCUUACAUCAAACAUGUCCUGCAACAAGGGAAGGAAAUUGCCUUGAGAAAUAGGCAGAGGAAGCUUUACACCAACAAUCCAAGCAGUGGUUGGUAUGGUUACAAGCAAUCAAAGUGGAGCCACAUAGUUUUUGAGCACCCUGCAACUUUUGAGACACUUGCACUGGAGAAGAACAAGAAGGAGGAGAUCAUCAAUGACCUUGUUAGGUUCAGAAAUGGAAAAGACUACUAUGCGAAAAUUGGCAAGGCUUGGAAGCGUGGCUAUUUACUCUUCGGUCCUCCGGGGACCGGUAAGUCUACCAUGAUUGCCGCCAUGGCUAAUUUCAUGAACUAUGAUGUGUAUGAUCUUGAAUUGACUGCAGUUAAGGACAACACUGAGCUGAGGAAGCUCUUGAUUGAAACUUCUAGCAAGGCUAUUAUAGUUGUGGAAGACAUUGAUUGCUCUCUUGAUCUCACUGGUCAGAGGAAGAUGAUGAAGAAGGAGAAAAAUGAGGAAGAAGAACCAAAAGAGUUAUAUCCUGGUAGAAAAAAUGAAGAAGAGAAUAGCAAAAGUAGUAAAGUAACUCUGUCUGGUUUAUUGAAUUUUAUUGAUGGUAUUUGGUCAGCAUGUGGAGGAGAAAGGAUCAUCAUUUUCACAACAAACUUUAUAGAGAAACUUGAUCCUGCUCUUAUUAGGACAGGAAGGAUGGAUAAACACAUUGAAUUGUCCUAUUGUUGCUAUGAAGCAUUCAAGGUACUUGCUAAGAACUACUUGGAUGUUGACUCACACUAUUUGUUUGCUAGAAUUGCAAAUUUGUUGGAAGUUACCAAUAUGACACCUGCUGAUGUUGCUGAGAAUCUGAUAUCUAAAUCAUUGAAUGAAAAUGUGGAGACUUGCUUGCUGACUUUGAUUCAAGUUCUUGAGAUGAAAAUGGUAGAAGGAGAAACAGGGUUAAAGGAAGAAAAAAACAAGCAAGAUCCUACUCAAAAGGGGAUGAAAAAUAAUGCACAAACUGUGGAAGAUGUGAAGGAAAAUGGCUUCAUUCAUUGAGUGGAAAAGAUAUUGAUUGAGAUUGUUACACUUGCUUGAUGAAACAUCAAUUCAGCUGCAUUAUUAAAAGCUACAAUCUCAUAUAGUUCAAUUUGUGGUUGAAACA